AAUCUGUUUUUGCCUGUGAAAUCCACAGCUCGUUCUGUCUAUAAUAGUGUUUCAGUCUCCAGAUUCUACUCCUGCUUGGUAGUUCAGGGUAAUGAAGAUAAAAUGCACAUAAUAACCCAAAGCUGUGUCCUAUUUUUGUGGAUGCAUACACUGACUUUUGUGAAAAGUCAAGAUUGUACCCUUCAAUCAUUUUUAGAUGGUCCCCUAUAUGAUUCAAAUUUUGACAUAUCUGAUCUGGCGGCCAGCUACCCUGGUGGAAAACAAGUCAGAGUGAGCUGCAGUGUCGGCUACAGUGGUUUUUUCCGACUGAUCUGUGUCGAGGGAAAAUGGCAGCCUAGAGGCAAUAAAUGUCAACCAAAAUCAUGUGGUCAUCCCGGCGAUGCCCAGUUUGCAGAUUUUCAUCUAGAAAAGGGAGAAGACUUUGUCUUUGGGUCAAAAGUUGUAUACACCUGCCACAAAGGUUACCAAAUGGUCAGUCGCACAAACUACAUGCUUUGCAUGGCUGAAGGCUGGGAUGGGGUUGUUCCUGUUUGUGAAGCGCAACAAUGCCCAUUGAUUCAUGUGGACAAUAAUGUGCAGGUGAAUGGAGACCCUGAGGAAGCAACCUUUGGCAAUGUAGUUCGAUUUAGCUGCAAGUCCAAUACUGAAAUCCUGUCUGGUGCAACUGAGAUCUAUUGUGAUGAAAAUGGAGAUUGGAGCGACAAAGCUCCAAAAUGCAAAGCGAUACAAUGUUCAUCGCCCAAUAUUGAAAAUGGAUAUGUGCCUGGAAAUAUCCAAGUGUACAAAGAACACGAUAUCCUGCGUUUUGAGUGCAAUGAGAAAUUUAAAGCCACUGAAAGCAGACCUUCAAAAUGCAUAAAACUAGGACCAAAAGCAGAGUGGAGCCCCACACCUGUGUGUGAACCAAUAAGAUGCAAAUUGCCAUCAACGCCACUAGGAACCAGGUAUGAACCCCCUUACAGAAAUGUGUUUUCACCUGGUGACACAGUAAGAGUCAUUUGUGGAGAGAAGUAUGGGAUUUCUAACCAUCGAGACACCUCAGCAGUAACUACAUGCGAUGAUGAUGGAGAAUGGACUCUCAGACCAGUAUGCCUAGAGGUUAUAUGCAGCAAUCCACGAGAUAACCUUGUGUAUUACUGGUAUGACAAUUGGAGGCAACCAACAAAAUUGGAUGAGACUGUACGUUAUACGUGUAGGUCAGGCUACAGGAGUACAGAUGGCGCCACACGGGCCACAUGCACCAGAGAGGGGUGGAGACCAAAUCCACUUUGUCAAGAAAUAACAUGCAGCCGACUGGAGAUUGCAAAUGCAAUUCUCAACGAUGACAGGCAGAUAUACAAAAACUAUGAAAAGGUCAAUUAUGUCUGCGAGAAAGGUUAUCGGGGAAGUCCAACUCGAACCUGUCGGGAAAAUAGUUGGACAGGUGAUUCAAAAUGUACAGCAAUAACAUGCGAUAGAAAAACUUACCCGACUGCAGACAUUGAGGGAAACGUUAAGCCCGAAUACAGGUACAAUGACCAGGUCGAAUAUAUCUGCAAGAAUGGUUUAAAGGGACGUUUUACUCUAACCUGUUCGGAAAAUGGCUGGACCGGGUCUCCAGAGUGUGCAAAAUGCGAAAAGGCUAAUGUUGAACAUGGAUUUGUACUUGGCCCAUUUAAUGACACGGUGUACUACUCCUGUGAUAAAGGUUAUAAGCUUUUCACCAAAGGCUGGUGGAGUGAAGCCACAUGUAUUGACGGUUUUUGGUCUGGAUUUCAACGAUGCAUUGAUGAAAAAAAUUGUGGAGAAAUUCCUGUUAUUCCUAAUAGUGAAGUGCCACUUCAAGACAAUGAUUACCGAGAUGGCGAACACUUCCAGAUUAAAUGUAAGGAAGGAUACCGUGAUCAGGAUUUCUUAACAUGUCACAAUGGAAUUUGGCAGUCAGAACAACCACUCGAAACAAUCUGUGCACCUUAUGCCAGUCAUUGCAAUCCCCCACCUAAAGUUCAGAAUGCAGUUGUUGUGACUUCCUAUCAGAAGAAUUUCUUGUCUAACUCUGAAGUAACUUAUAAGUGUCAUGGGAAGUAUACAAUGGAGGGGGAGGAUACGAUUCGAUGCAUAGACGGGAAAUGGGAGACGAAGAAAUUUAACUGUACAGAAAUCACGUGUAAAGUUACCGACUCAAUGCCCCCUCAUCUCAAUGUAACUGGACUACCACAAAACAAAAUAAUGAAGAUUGGACAUAAAUUACACUUUGACUGUGAUGGUCAAUAUGGACUGGUCGGGUCUGAAGAAAUUGAAUGUUUACAAACUGGACAGUGGAAUGCCCCUUUUCCAACUUGUGCUGAAAUCACGUGUAAUGUUACUGACUUAAUGCCCUCUCAUCUCAAUGUAACUGGACUACCACAAAACAAAAUAAUGAAGAUUGGACAUAAAUUACACUUUGACUGUGAUGGUCAAUAUGGACUGGUCGGGUCUGAAGAAAUUGAAUGUUUACAAACUGGACAGUGGAAUGCCCCUUUUCCAACUUGUGCUGAACCCUGCACUCUGGACAAAAAUGCCAUGAAAAGUAAUCAUAUUUGGUUCAAAAGAACUAUUCCGCAAUAUUUAAUCCAUAAUGAAGAAAUCGAGUUCAAGUGUAUCAGAGGAUCAAGUCAUGAUGGAGCAGUGAUGAUGCGUCAGAGGUGUGUUAAUGGUGUGCUGGCCCUGCCCACUUGCCGUAAAGAGGUUAAAGGACUGUGCUUAGGGAAAAACACACAGGGAUUCCACAGAAAGCAGAGUUUGUCAAAGGAGUUAGCGUCAGUAAGACUGUUGUUUCUCACUGCACAGCUGCUCAUCGAAAUGCGAUUGUCUUUAAUCUUUUUGUUUAUCCAACUGUGGGGGAAUGUGAAAGUUUCUGUAUCACAGAAUGUAUGUUCAAAGCUCCCAGAUGUUCCUCAUGCCCAAGUGUCAGGAGAGACCAAAAGGGCUGAGUACCAACAAGGAAAUGUGAUACAUUUUACUUGUGAAACUGGUUAUGUAUCAGGGCCAACCAUCAGAUAUGUCUGUACAAAUACAGGCUGGAUGGCAGUCCACCAGGGAAGGUGCUACUUGAAGCCAUGUGAACUUCCUGAUGACACUCCCAAUGGCUAUUAUCAAAUUAUCAACGGUGAAGACUUUGUUUUUGGAUCAACCAUCAAAUACUUCUGCAAUGAAGGGUAUCAAAUGGUGAGUAAGGACGACACCAGGACUUGUUUGCUGAACAAAUGGACCAAUCACGUGCCAAUAUGUGAUCCUUUAAGCUGUGACCCGCCUCCUACAGAUGGUGGGUUUACAGUAAAAGGUUUACCACAAAAUGAAGAACCGAUACUUCCUGACCGAUUCCUCACAUUCAGCUGUGAUAGCCCUGGGAAAUACCGGAAUGGCAGUUCAGUGCUGAUAUGUGGUAAAGAUGGACAGUGGGAUAAUCCAUUCCCCUCUUGUGAAGACAUCACUUGUAAAGUUGACGUGAUGAACCCCCAUCUCAGUGUAGCUGUACCACCAGCAAAUAAAACAGUGAAGAUUGGACAUAAAUUACGGUUUCAAUGCAGUGAUCAAUAUGCACUGGACGGGGCUGAAGAAAUUGAAUGUUUAGAAACUGGGCAGUGGAAUGCUCCCUUUCCAACUUGUGUUGACCAAUGCAAAGUCACAGAUGUACCAGCCAACGUACACAUCUCCGUAUAUGUACCAAAUAAUCAACUACGAAAAGGACAAAAGUUAAGGUUUAAGUGCAGACAGAGAGGACACUUUCUUCGAGGGAAUGCAUCAGUGGAAUGUUUAGCAAACGGACAGUGGAGUGACCCCUUCCCAACAUGUGGACCUCCUUUGGGUUGUAGGAGACCACCGCCCCUUGCAGAUGGAGAUAUCAAGGACAGUGUUCGAUUCCAGUACAGACAUGAAGAUAGGGUUGAAUAUGUCUGUCCGAACUACUACGUAAUGCAGGGUGGACCUUACAAAACCUGCAAAAAUGGUGAAUGGGUUGGACAGAUGAGAUGCCUCAAACCCUGCACUGUGGAUAAAGAAGCCAUGAGAAGUCACAAUAUUGCCUUCAGAUAUACAGCUGAUGAUAAGCUGUAUUCUCCACAUAAUGAUGUAAUCGAGUUUAAGUGUAUCAGAGGAAGAAGACAUGAUGAAGUACUGGAGAUGCGCCAGAAGUGUGUUGACGGUGUGAUGCUCCUGCCCACUUGCCAGUAAAUGUUUAUUAAUCAACUGAAUAUAAUAUGAUAAACAUGAGCUGGUUGAACAAACAUGUAAAAGAUUAACCAAAGUAAAGAGUUAGACCAGUAUCUAUACUUCCUGUGUGUUGUAAUUUUAAUAAAGCACAGCUUUUCACUUUGUA